AUGAAAGAUUUAGGAAAUUUUUCCAUUAAAUUACCAUCAUUAUUGAUUGUAUAUGAGAAAUGUAUAAAAAAUGAAAAUGAAAUUAUUCAAAUUGAUAAUAAACAAAUUAUAUGCUCUAAUGAAUCAUAUGCUAAUAUUGUUAUCACUGCUGGAAGUUUUGAUCAAUCAAUCAAUACCGAUGUUUUAAAUAUGUUACUUUAUUCGCAUGAAACAGCAAUUGCUGAAUUUGAACAUAUUAUGAGUAUUGUACGUAGUUCAACUGCAUUUCAUCGAAAUUCAAUUUAUAAUUCAUCGUUUCUUUUUCAAUUACAAAUACAAUGUGAAAAUGUUUCACCAUGGUUAAAAUUAACAUUAACUGAUACAACUAAUACAGCAUUACGUAUUACAACCGAAGUUGUUAAUAUGUUUAUUAUUGGUCGAAAUAUUUUAAAUAAUAAUAAGAAUAUUUUUGAGAAACAGAUACGAGGUAAUGUAUCGUUUUGUUUGAAUUUCAAACUUGGACAUAUGAUUCGAAAUGAAGCAUUUGAGGAAGAUGAACUUCGAGAGUUAGCUGAUCUUACAACUAAUUUAACAUUUAUACUUCAGUUCAGUCCUAGAAGUAUUGCUAAUGCUAUUAUCAUUUUCUCUCAUACUGUAAUUUUAUUCAAAUUUCCGGCAAUUAUCAGAUUUUUGGAUGAAACAAAAAUGCGUCAUACAACGCAAACUGAAAAUGAUUCAUCGCAAAUGACGUCGCAUAGUUCACUUUUGGAUAUGGGAAAUCGUUUAAUAAUGCGAAUAACAUUACUAUUUCGUGAUCGUACAAUAGCAUGCAUACCGCUUUACAGUAACAAUUAUCGAUCAUUUACGUCUGCGCUUCUAUUUGGCGUAAAAGACGCUGAAGCUACGGUUAAAUUUGUACGUGGCGCUAAAGCUGAAGCAAAAUUUAGCGAUUUUAAAAUUGUUUUUGUGGAAAAUUUUGAAAAUUCUAUGGAAGAAUCCUGGAUUGAUGGCCAAGAAAAUACACCAACAAAUUUUACAUUCUUUCCGCAUGGUGUUUGCAAAAUUGUAGUGAAAUCUUCAAAAUCGGAACAAUAUAAACGAGUAGCAUCUGUGCAAUGCUCAAUGAAAGGUCUUAUCUUUGAUAUUGAUAGUCGUAUUGGAAAUUUGAUUGGAGCAGUGUGGAAUACAUGUGCAACAAUUAAUGAAGAUCAAGAUGUAGAUGUAAGUGAAUAUGAACCGAUGAAAAUUAUGACAAGUGAAAUUGAACGAAAUGAUGAUAUUAAUCUGAAAAAUGAAUAUGCGUCCAUUGUUAAACCGGAAAAACGAAUUCGUUGGGUUGAGCAAAAGAUUUAUGAGCAAACGCAGAAAUUAAAGUCACACAUAACAGAUGUCACAUACGAAUGGGAACUACGACGUUUGAAAAAACUUCAAUUAAUUCGAGUGAAACAAUUUAAGGAAUCAAUGCUUGAUCGUUUAAAACGACAAAAAUUACGAGGCAAACAAUUGAAAAAGCACCAGUUAGAAAGGAUAAAACUAAAGAUGAAGAUGAUGCUGAGGAAAAAUCAGAUAGUGAAUCAGUUACAGGUGAGCAAUCAACAAAAUUUCUUCGAGAAAUUACAUCGAUUGAUCAACCAAAAGUAA